UUUUGAUGUGUUCGUGGUACACGUUCUCUCAUUCAGUGGCAUUCUUCUUCUAUCUCAUCGCUCCUUCUACGCCAAUCUCCAGUUCCGUUGAUUCUUCGUCGGGGGCGAAGAGAGAGUCUUGCUGCAAGUGGUAGCUGAGAUUUUGUCACAGUCAACAAUGAAUAUGCCGCUGUUGGAUAUACAGCCACCAACAUUGAAGUUUCCAGUUGAUCUGAAGAAGCAGACUACCUGCAUGGUCCAGCUAACCAAUACAACUGAUCGUUUUGUUGCGUUCAAGGUCAAAACUACAUCACCUAAGAAGUACUGUGUCCGUCCUAAUGUUGGCGUUGUUGCGCCAAACUCAUCCUGUGAAUUCUCUGUCAUUAUGCAAGCUUUCAAAGAACCACCUCUAGACUUGGCUUGUAAAGACAAAUUUUUAAUCCAGAGCACUGCUGUGCCUGCGGACACAACUGAUGAAGACAUCACAGCUAGCAUGUUCUCCAAAGGGGAAGGCAAACACAUAGAGGAAAACAAACUGAGAGUCACUCUCGUGAUGCCCUCCGACUCACCUGAACUAUCUCCAGUUAAGGGGACACUGAAGCAGGGCGCAGUAUUUGAAGAUUCCAUGCUCAAGGAUCGAUCAUAUUUUCAAUCAGAGAUCCUUCCUCCUCCACAAUAUGAGAGUGAGAUUGUAAAGGAGCCUAGGAUGGUUGGGAAUGAUGAGCUAAAGGCAUCCUAUGGUGCAAAAGAGCUAGGGCAACCAAAAAAGGGCGUCACGGAUUUUAUGGAAGAUUUGAAUCCUGCUAACGACUUAAAGCCAACACAUAAUUUGGAUACUCCCACGGCCAUGGAAUUUCCUGGGGAUAAAGGGUUUACUAAUGGAAUGACUUCAGCUAACGGUGUGACUUAUCCUGCGGUUGUCCAGCUAGAGAAAAGAGAUGGUCAGAAGAUCAAUGCAUCGGAUGAACACAAGUUGGUUAAAGACAUUGAGGAGAUGAAGGUGAAAGUCAAAGCUCUUGAAUCGAAGCUACAACAGGCUGAUUCAACCAUUUCGAAGCUAAUGGAAGAGCGGUCUAUAGGAUCCCAACAUAGAGAAAGCUUGCAACAAGAGCUGGCGGAUCUGAGGACGAAGAAGAUAGUGAAAGAGAAGCACGUAGGGUUCCCUCUGCUGUAUGUAUGCGUGGUUGCGUUCAUCAACAUUGUUAUCGGGUAUGGUCUGCGCACUUGACUGCUCGGUCUCUCUCUAGGUCACACAUACCUUUAAUAGUAAGUGUGCAGUCAGAAAAUAUAGACAAAAGAAGGGAAAAUAAGGUUUUGUUUUGUUUUGUUUUGUGGGAGGGAGCAUUAUGAUGAUUUUCUCCGGGUACUUUAAAGAUGGAUUAUUAUAGACUUUGUAUAGCGUUGCGGUGUUAGUUAACACUAAUGUUUAAGGAGACUGCAUGUUCCAAGCUAUUAACGUUCUUUUAA